AUGGCAUUCGUCGGCAGCGUCCGCAGCCCGACAACGGACAGCGACGAGUACGCCCGCCAGGCUCCCCGUGCUCACGCGUCACGCCAGAAACCGCUGCUGAGCAUCGAGACCGAGCACAGCGACACGAUCAGCGACAUCCAGCUCGACUACUACGGCAAGCGCCUGGCCACGUGCUCGUCCGACAGGACGUUCCGCGUGUACGACGUGUCUCUGGCCGUUGCAGCCACCGAAGACGGCGACGACUCAGCGACAGCGACGCAAAGCCGCGACCAUUGCCAGCAAUCCACGCAGCAGCUGCACCGUCUGCAGCACGUGGUGCGGCUGGCCGACGACUCGGUCGCGUCCAUCCAUCGAGUCGCGUGGGCGCACCCCAAAUUUGGUGCCGUACUGGCUCUCGCAGCUCAAGACGGGAAAGUGUACGUCUAUCGGGAGGAACUGCUGCAGCCGGCGCCACGGAACGCUGAAGGAGCUGACGAAAACGUGACUGAGUGGCGUCUCAAGCACGUGCACGAGUUCCACUCGCUCGCUGUGCUGAGUGUCGCGUGGGCGCCGUACGAGUACGGACUGAGUCUCGCCAGCGCCUCGGCCGACGGGCACGUGUCGUUCCUCACGCGCAUGCGCGAGGGGUGGGUCAGUACAUCAAGUUUCCGCAACUCAGAGGAAGGUAUGGGCUGCACGGCAGUUAGCUGGGCACCUUACAAUUCACUUGGCUCGCAGGGACCUCACGGACCCAUCCAGCGCGUGAUUACUGGCUCGUGCAAUCAGACGAUCACGAUUUGGAGACUUGUUGCUGCUUCUCAAGAAGGUGCGACCCCUGGCAACAGCUCUUGGGAAGUCGAAGGCACUCUUUUGUAUGGACACAACGACUGGGUCCGCGACGUGGCUUGGGGGCCAAACGUCGGCAUACCUGCCAACGUGAUCGCGUCGGGAUCCGACGAUCACACGGUGCGUGUUUGGACGCAGGAUGAGGCCGGUGGAGAAUGGACGUCCCACGUAUUGCACACGUUCCGUGCGCCAGCGUACCGGAUAAGUUGGUCGCUCACGGGCUCGGCGCUCAGCGUCGCGGCUGGUGACGAUGAAGUCACGGUUUGGAAACAGCAGAAGAAUCAUGAAUGGGCAUGCAUUUCUUCUGUCACUGGCCAGGGCGCAGCUACGGUCACGAGCAGCUAG